AUGUACGAUCGUCGAGAGGCAUUUGUGAUAGGUUUACUCUACUCUUUAGCAUUAUGUGGCAUUGUUCACUAUUUCAUAAAUCCAAUACAACCAUCUGCUUAUAUGGAUGAAGAAUUUCACGUUGAUCAAACCUUAACCUAUAUUAGAGGUGAUUGGGGUUCUUGGAAUCCAAAGAUUACUACACCUCCUGGACUUUAUGUCUUAACCACUCUCGUAUGGCGCUUUGUGCCUUUCGAAGCAACAGUUGAAAAUUUUCGCUUUCUCAAUUGCAUUUUUGCUGGUGCUAACUACAUAAUCCUAGCCGAGCUGACACAAGAUAUCUUAAAAGCAAUGGCAAUUGUCACUUUACCCGUUCUCACCUUCACUAGUCUUCUCUUUUAUACAGAUCAACUUUCUCUCUUAGCUUUUCUUUCUUCUCUAUUUGCUCAACGAUCGUCGAAUAAAUUCCUUUCAUUCCUCUUCGGAUGCUUUGCUUGUUUCGUUCGCCAAACUAAUGUUGUUUGGCUUGCCUUUAUGAUCGGCGAAAGGGCUAUUCAGCGAAUAGCUGCCUCUCAUCCCCAUGUUCGCCGGAACUUCUUUGAGUGGAGUAUUUAUCUUCUCAGCAAUUUUGUCGAUGUUAUCUCAGCUUGUUGCAAGGCUGCUUUAUUUGACGCUUAUCAUCACACGGCAACAAUUAUUCUUUUUGUAACUUCAAUAAUCUUUUUCAAUAAUGGCGAUAUAGUUCUUGGGGAUAAAUCCGCCCACAAACCAGUGUUCCACAUUCCUCAAUUAUUUUAUUUCUUUAUCUUCUGUGUGGCUCACACAUCCUUAACCUUCUUACAUUACCUUAAUAAUAAUCUCCGUAUUCCACGUGGAAAUUCUCUGGUUUUUUUCACCUUCUUUACAUUUCUGAUUAUUAUUAUGAUCCACUUUUUCACCUACGAGCAUCCUUACCUCCUUUCUGAUAACCGUCAUUACACAUUUUACAUUUGGUCGCGUUUCUUCAGACGCUUUCCACAAGUUAAAUAUACCUUUGCACCCUUCUAUCUUGUUAGUGGGAGUUAUGUUUGCUCUGGACUUCAAGGUGGACUGAUUUCCGAAUUUCUGACCAGUUUGGGCUUCUUGAUUGCAACCGCCUUAGCUAUAGUGCCAGCGGGUUUGGUUGAACCUCGGUAUUUUAUAACCCCGUUUAUCAUUUGGCGUUUAUUAAGAUCGUCAAAGUUGAAUGAAUCCUGGGCUUUUAUUGUUGAAAUUUUCAUUAAUUUUGGGAUCAAUUUCGUCACGAUUUACUUAUUCCUCUACCAUCCUUUCAAGUGGAUAUCUCAACCUUUUACUUGGCAGCGUUUUAUGUGGUAA